AUGAGGGUUUUUAUAAUAGGACAGUGGAAGAAGAAAAAGAGUGAGGAAAGGAGGGAGGUGGAUCAUAUCCAGAGGCAGCUAGAACUCGAGCUCGAGGCAGGCAACCUCGGCGGGUCGGCAGACUGGGAGAAAUCCACUGCCCUAAAAGGCGCAGCUAAGGUAGGUGCAUGAGCGGAAGGCACGCGCUUUCCUGAUGCGGGCGCGUAGUGGUUUUAUAGAACACAACGAAACAUGUUCGGCCAUGUUCUUUAAAUCAGUAAGGGAAAGGCAGAGUAGGAAGGUAAUGUAUGGGGUUAGAAAGCGGUAG